AUGGUAAAUCAAAAAAAUGGAAUUUUUUCAAAGUUAACAGGUAUGACAUUUACGCUUUUUAAAUUAAAACUUGAAAAUAUAAACCAAGAAAUUGAUGAAAAUGCAAGUUCAUUAGAGAAAGCAAUUUUGUAUGGUAACAGCAAUUUAAAGUGUCGUAAGAUAAUAUUUGUAAAAGAUUUAAUGAAAUUUUUAAUGGAUAUAAAUUAUGAUAAUUUUAAGAGAUAUAUAUAUCCAUUAAUAUUGAAAUUAAGUAAUGAUAAUUUAGAAAUUAAAAACGAAAUAUGUAAUAAAAUUGGAGAUUUAUGUGCUUAUUUAUUACAAAAUAAUAACGAUAAUGAUGGUUGCACAGACAUAAUAAAAUUAUUAUUUCCGAUAAUGGAAAAAUUUAUAAAAAAUAAUGAAAAUAAAAAUAUCUUAGGAAAUGUAAUGAAAUCAUUGUUAAUUUUAUCUACGCAUAUUAAUUCUAAAAGUAGAAAAAAAGUGAUUUUUCCAUUUAUACUAUCACUUAUAUCAAAUGAUAAAUAUAAACAUAUAGGUUUUAUUUUAUUAGUUAAGAUAUGCUAUAUAUUUGACAAAGAUAUUAUUUUUUCUUUUUUAAUUCCUUAUAUGGAAUCUUUUCUUAGAAAUAAAGAUCUUUCAAGUAAAAUAUAUAUAUCUUCUCAUUUAUUUAAUAUAUGUAAAAUGCUAAACGAAGAAGAUUUAUCAGGAAUAUUUAUUAUCUUUAAAAAAUUAUGCAGUGAUGAAAACGAUAUUAUUAAAAUAAUAAAUAUAUAUAAUUGUGCACAUAUAUCUUCACUAUAUUCUAAGACUGUAUUUUUUUAUUUUUUUGUACCUAUAUACAAUAAUUUUUUAAAAAAUUGUAAUUUAUAUAUAUUUUAUUAUUCUUUAAUUAACCUAUUUUCUUUUAUAUGCAAUUUUGAGGAUAUUGAUUUAAUUCAUCCUUUUUAUAUUCGUAAAUUGAUUUUUUUUUUUAAUAGCGUCUUUUCUUCACAUUUAUUUACUCUGAAUUAUUUAAGUGAAACAGCUAAAAAGCAAAGUAAUUAUUUUUUUCUGAACAGUUCAGAAAGUCAAAUUAAUCAUCUUGAAUUCAAAAUAAAUGAAAAUCAAGAAAAUAAAAUAGAAUCAAUUAAUAAUUUUGAUGAGAUAGAAGUAAGUAAUUGUGAAUUUAAUCAUCUUGAUUCAAAUGAAAAACGUGAAAUUAAUUCAUUAUAUUAUUUUAUUAAUUAUGAUAUUUCACAAAAAAGUGAUGAUACAAGUUUAAAAUUAGACAAAAUCAAGGAAUUAAAUAACAAUUACAUAAAAGAAGAGUUAUCCAGUAAUCUUAAAAACAUGAAUGAUAAUGAAGAUAAUAAUUCUCUGAUUCCGGAUAAAAUGAAAGUAGAAGAUAUUUCAGUUAAAAAUAAAACAGAGGAAAAAAUUAUUGAUGCAAAUUUUUCAGAUGAAGAAAAUGUAAAGGCAAAUAUAUCAAUAAAUAAAAAAAUAAGUGUUGAAUCAUAUAUACUAGAUUAUGGUAAAAAAAAUAAUGAAACUAAUUUUGAUGAAAACACAAAUAAUAAGAAUAAAAUGAAAUCACAAGAAAAUAACAAAAAAAGUUCAAAGGAAUAUAAAAAAAAAAACGAAAUAAAAAAUAUAAAAGAAGACGAAAAAAUGAAAAACAGUGAUGAAUAUUCAACAAAUAUAUUGUCUAAUAACAGUGAAUUUAAAUUAAAAGAAUAUAAUAAAACAUAUGAAAUAAAAUCUGAUGCAGAUAUAAGAGAAAGUAAUGAUGAAAAAAAAAAUGAUGAAUAUUUAGAAGAUGACGUAGAAAAUUUUUUUUUAUGUAAUUUAAUUAAAGGUAAAAGUGAUAUAUAUAAAAAUAGAGAUACAAAAACGAGUAUAUAUUAUGAAAAGUUUUAUUCGAACUCACAUGAUAAUUUUUCCAUUAAUGAAAAAAAUAGUGAUGAAGUAUCGUCAUCAUCAUUUUUUUUUAACAAUAGUUUAAUUAAUGAUUUAAUAAUUAAUAAUAACCAUUUCUGUUUAAGCAUAAAAAAUUUUUUUGAAAUAUAUGACAAUAAUAAUUAUACUUUUAAAAAAAUAGAUGAACAAGUUGAUAAUAUUGAAGAAGGUAAUAGCAAAUUAUAUUUUUCUUUUUUAAAUGAAAAAGAAUUAAAAAUUAUAGAUAAUGCAUUCAACCAUAAUAUUGACACGGAUAUAAAUUUAAUUAAAGGUUGUUUUUAUAAUGAAUUAGAAUUAAUUAAAAAAAAUACUGUAUAUACAAAAAUGCUUUUAAAAAAGGAAAAUAAAAAUAAAAGUAAGAAUAGUGAUAACAUUGAUAAUGAUGAUAAUGAUAUAUACAAUAUUGGGGAUAUAGAUAUUGAUUUAUUAAAAAAAAAAUAUAUUUUUGAUAGUUCUAGUAAUAUUAUUGAAUCACAUAAUAUAAAUUCAGUAUAUAUUACCACUCUUUAUAUACCAAUUUUGAUCUUAGUUUUUAAGAAAUAUUUUUUUCGAUUUUUUUCACAUGUUUUCUUUUUUAUAUGCACAUAUCCUUAUUACUUUAUAAGAAAAACUAUAGCAUCGCUCUUUUUUGAUAUUUUGCAAAAUUUUUUAAAUUCCGAUUUUUUGAUUAUUAGCGAUGAGCAAUUAAAUUAUGAGCAUGAAAAUAUUGAUAAAUUUCUGAAAAAAAGAAAAAUACCUAAUAGAAAAAAAUUUUUGAGCACAUUAACAAAUUCAUUAAAAGUAGAAAACAAAAGCUACAGAAAAAUGAAUAACAAAGGAAGUAUUCAGAAAGAAACUACAGGAAAAAUAUUGCGUUUUAACAAUAAUUGUGCAAAAUACGAUAAUGUAGAUAAUAUAAAAAAUACGAAAUCAAUUAAUAAAAAUGCAAAUCCAUUAAAUAUUGAUAAGACAGAUAUGUAUGACAUAAAAGAAUAUAAUGAAACAGAAAACAAUAAAAAGCAGAUUAAAAAAGACAAGUAUGAGAAUAUAGAAUAUAUCGAAGGAAAAAAUAUAAAGGAAGAAAAAAAAAAUGAUUCUGAUAAUAAUUAUAAAGAGGAAAAGGAAGAUGAAAAGAAACAUGAAGAGAAAAAACAAAUAAAAAAAAAAAAUGUAAAUGAAACAAAAGAAGAAAAUGAAGAAAAAGAAGAAAAGGAAGAAAUGAAAGAAAAAGAAGAAAAGGAAGAAAUGAAAGAAAAAGAAGAAAAAGAAGAAAAUAAAGAAAAGGAAGAAAUGAAAGAAAAAGAAGAAAAAGAAGAAAAUAAAGAAAAGGAAGAAAUGAAAGAAAAAAAAGGAAAAGGAAAAAAAGAAGAAAAAGAAGAAAUGAAAGAAAAAGAAGAAAAUAAAGAAAAGGAAGAAAUAAAAGAAAAAGAAGGAAAUGGAAAAAAAGAAGAAAAAGAAGAAAAUAAUGAAAAAGAAGAAAUGAAAGAAAAAGAAGGAAAUGGAAAAAAAGAUAAUGAAAAAUAUGAUGUAGAAAAAGAAAAAAGUAAAGAGAAAAUGGGAAAAAUACAGCAAAAAAAUGAUGAAAAAAACGAGGAUAAAGAAGAGAAAAACAAUGAAGAAGGAAAAAAAGGAAAAAUAGAAAGUAUAGAAGAGAAAAAUAUAGAAAAAGAAAAAAAAAAUGAAAAUAAAGAUGAAGAUGAAGAAAAAGAAGAUAAUAAAGAUAAUGGGGAUAAUGAAAAUAUAGAUAGAAAAAUAAAAAUUAAAGAUAAAAUAAAAGAUAAUAAAUAUACAAAGUUGAAUAAUUACAAAAAUAAAAUCAAAAAAAUACAAAAUCAAAUAAAUACAAAUUUAUAUGAAAGUGACUUUUUUAUAAACGAAGAAAAUGAAAAUUUUUUCUUUUAUAAAAAAUUCCUAAAUAUUUAUGAAAAUAUCUAUAUAAAAUUUAUAGAUAAGUUUAGGAGAUAUUACAAUGAAGAUUCACAAUUAUUUUUCUUUCAUUUUUUUAUUUAUUACUUUUUAAAAGAUAAUAAUGUAUUAGUUAAAAAGGCUAUUUUAAAAAAUUAUGAUAAAAUUCUUUUAUUUUUUCCAAAUAAAAUACAAAAGAUUCUUAUUUCAUAUUUAUUCAAUGUAUUAGAAUUUAAAACAGUAAAUUAUUCAUUAAGAAAAAAAAUAUCAAAAAUUAUUUUUAAGAUAGUAUUAAAAACUGAUGAUACUACUAUAAUAAGAAAGUACCUUUUCCCAAUAUUUGUGAAAUUAUGCAAGGACGAUGUCGCCUUAAUUCGCACAUAUACAUCAAAUUAUUUUUACUUAUUUCUAAAAAAAGGAUGUCCAAAUAUAUAUAAUUUUUUUAAGGGAAAUGGAAAAAUAUUGCCCUUAGAAGAAUAUCAAAGUGACGUAAUAAUAUCAAAUGAAGAUAAUUUUAAACUAAAAAGCAAUUAUUUCAUUGAUGGAGAUGAAAUUUCUUUAAUUAAAAAAAUUAUAAUUACGUUUGCAAAAAGCAAACAUUUUUACGAUAGGCAAAUUUUCAUAAAAAUGUGCGAAGGAAUAAUUAAUGAAUGCCCUAUAAAUUUAUUUUUAUUGUAUUUUUUAAAUCCAUUUUUAAAUCUAUCUGAAGACAAAAUUCAAGUUGUUAGAAUUACAUGGGAAAAAUGUGUUUCUUCACAAAUAAAAAAGAAAGGAGUAUUCUCAAAAGUCACCAAUGUAUUAGAAAAAUUAUAUAAAUUAUAUGAAAAAUAUGAAAAAAUGGAAAAAAGCAAAAUUGAUGAUUUAGUUGAUUUUAAUGAUUCCCAUAAUUUUUCUGUUAGAGUAUUUGAUAUUCAUCAUUUAGAUAGUUAA